UUCUUCUCCUCUCAUCCAGUAGCAGGAAGAACAGAUGCUGGAGGACGAGGAGCGGUGAGACGACCAGAGGACAGAGCACAGGAGGACGAAGAGAGCAGACGACAAACAAACCAAACAGAAGACAAAAAACAAAGCGUCAUGGAUGUUCUGAAGAAGGGAUUCUCCAUGGCGAAGGACGGAGUGGUGGCUGCUGCAGAAAAGACAAAGGCUGGGGUGGAGGAGGCUGCCACCAAAACGAAGGAGGGGGUCAUCUAUGUCGGAAACAAGACGAUGGAGGGGGUGGUGACAGGGGUCAACACAGUUGCUCAGAAGUCAACGGAGCAGGUCAACGUUGCUGCUGAAACUGCAGUGGCUGGGGCCAAUGAGGUUGCCGAGGCAACAGUGGAAGGAGUGGAGAACGCAGCGGUGGCGAGUGGAUUUGUCAGCAUGGAGGAGGCGGGACCAGUGGCUGCAGAGGCUGACCUACCAAAAACAGCAGCAGGAGGAGAACAGAACCAGCCAGCUGCGGAAUAGACUCCGAAUGACCUAAAGGAGAAGAGGAGGAAGAUGCAGCGACCUUCAUCUCCUAAGGAUUACUCUCCAAUCAGUAAAUAGGCUUUACCUUCAUAUUCCCAGCUGUUGCUAUGCUUACGCAGCCUCUGCCUGUCGCGCUCUCGUGGCCACAAAGGCAAGUAGAGUCAAGCGCUUGAAAUGCAGUCAGCUUAUUGGCCAGAGUGGAGUUUGACUUGACAUGAAGAUGUGAAAUGACAGCCCCGCCCUCCUGUGGUCAGACAGCUGACAGAGCCUGCCUCCUGAUAGACUGCCUAGCCUGGAGCUGGUCACAUGACUCACACUCACUUCCUGUCAGCUAAUUGUGCUUUGGAAACUAAAAUAAAAUAAAAGAGUUUGAACUCCA